AUGAAUUCAGUCAGCAUAAUUGCAUUUAUUUUAUUCAUGCUGCUAUGGACAUAUGUGACAUGCACAAUUGAAUUGACUGGCGAUCAUGUUUGUCAUAAGCAGGAAAACUAUACCGAGCCCAUCAAUGCGACCACAAAGGAACCAAUGCAAGUGAGAGUAAACUUCUGGUGCAUUGAGAAAAUUCGCUGUUCUGAGAUGCAGUCAGAUAUUAAGGAAGUCGUUCGUGUCGAGAACGUGACAAGAUCGCGCGUUAUCAAAUUCUGUUGUCCUGGUUAUGAAGAAUUUGAAAGUGAUGGGAAGAAAAAUUGCAAAGCAAGUGAAAAUGAAACAACUCCAAUUGAGCCAAAAAGGUCUACAAAGAAUCCAAAAAGUGAUGAGCUGGAUAAUAAUAUGGAUUCAAGUACAAAAGAAUCAAACACUAAAGAUUCUAAUGAGACAGACUCGACAACAUCAAGUGCUGCAUCAAAAAAUAUUACAAUAGAAUUGACAGAAAAGAAUCCGUACAUGAAUUAUUCUGGAGAAUAUGGAAAAGACUUUAAUCAUUACAUGAAAAUGGGAUUGAAUGAAUCUGACCCUCAACAAAGCGUCAAUAAACUCAUGGAAAUGGAGAUAAAGAAGGCAAAGGAGGAUUACGAUACUCCCGAAGAAGAAGAUGAAUCUUAUGUAUUUGUUGAUGUUGCCGGGAAUGAAAUUGAGCCAUUGAAGCAUCCACAAUAUGUUAUGGAACAUCAUUAUUUUGCUAGUAAUCAUGAUGAAAAUCUUGCGAUGGUUACUGUUGGAUGUGUUAUAUUUGGAAUGUGUAUCUUUCUUAUGCUGAUGGUUUAUAUCUUGAGGAAGCAGCAACAAUAUGACAGAGAUAUUGAAGUGAUUGAUCCUCGAUUUGAAUCAAAAAAGACAAAAAUGCCACCAGCUAAAAUAAUUCAUGAUUCACUUCCACGAAUCCCAAAUCGAUCUUCAUUAAAAAAGCAGAGAUCAGUAACAUUUGAUGAAUCGAUCGAUGAAGUUGAUGAGUUUAAUCGUAGAAGAACCAAAAGUCUUCCAGAUGCUUAUGACGUUCCCAGAAAACAAACAUCAAUGAUGGAUUUAGUCGCACAGACAAUUCCAAUCACACCAGCAGAUUUUGCAAUCUACGCUAUGUCACAGAAAUCAAUUUACAAUACAUUCCCAAGGAAGAAUAUCUCUAGAAAGCAGAGCUUAGAACACAUUUAUGAUGAAAUCCCAACAAUUGCUGAAAUUAAGGCAGCUGAUGAUGCAUCAAGAUCAACGAUAGACAUAAAGUCAGAUGAGAGUAAAUCGACUGCAGACACAGAAGUAACUUAUGCGAAUGAAAUUAAGAAAGAUGAGAACAUCGAGAAGACAAAAAUGUAG